AUAACGCAUUGAAAGAAAGAGGGAAUAAUAGUCCUUAAUAAGGAUUAUCAAAAUGUCUAGUUUAGUGAUGAACACACCUCUUCCUAAACACUAUUCUUGCAGAUCUCCGAUGCAGCGGCCGUUGGCAGCCGCCACUACCCGGAGGAGAACUCCCGUGCAAUGCACCACUAAAUUUUUCGCUAACCCGAGAGGAGCUUCUACGCUUCAAAACUACCACUUGGAAGAUCCCAACAAAAACAACAUUUUCAAGGGUUAUUCUGCAAGUGAGUAUGAAGAGAAAUUGGAGAAGAUUAGGGAUUUAGUGAAGUCGAGGGGAGAAGAAGAUGAUCCAAUUGAGAGCUUGAUAUUUGUGGACACGAUCCAACGGCUAGGCAUGGCCGGUCAUUACCGGAAGGAGAUUGACACAAUUAUGCAGAAGCAUUAUUUGAGAUUAGGAGAUGUCGAUUUUUGUGGAUACCAAUCAUCUCUCCUUAAAGUUUCCCUUUCAUUUCGAAUGUUGAGACAAAGAGGAUACCAUGUGUCCGCAGAUGUGUUCAACAAUUUCAAGGGCCAGGAUGGGAAAUUCAGGGAUGAACUAAAGCAAGAUGUUUGGGGAUUAAUGGAAUUAUACGAAGCUACACAUUUGAGUUUCGAAGGAGAAAACAUACUCAACGAAGCACAACAUUUUAGCAGCCAACUACUGCAUAAGUACUUAGCUGAAAACACAAAUUCUGAUGUUGUGAAGAUGAGAUUCAAGCACCCUUUCCACAAAAGCAUUGCAAGAUUGAACUUCCAAAGAGAUGUUAGAGGCAUCGGUAAAUCGAUAACAACGUUAACAGAGCUGUCAGAAAUGGAUUUUCUCAUGGGAAAAUAUGUUCAUAGAGAAGAACUGCGCCAACUCUCCAAGUGGUGGAAAGAUUUGGGGUUGAUAAGAGAGCUAAAGUUGGCAAGAGAUGAGCCAAGUAAAUGGUACACAUGGUCCAUGGCAAUGCUGAUUGAUGAUAUAAGCCUAUCUUCACAGAGGCUGCACCUCUCCAAAUCCAUUGCUUUUAUUUAUUUGAUUGAUGAUAUUUUUGAUCUUUAUGGCACCUUAGAUGAAUUGACACUCUUUACAGAAGCUGUUCAAAAAUGGGACUAUGAUGCGAUGAAUAUGCUGCCGGACUACAUGAAGUUGUGUUACAAGUCAUUACUUGAUACCACAAACGAAACUGGAUGGACUAUUUGUGAAAAGCAUGGAUAUAAUCCUAUCAACUCUCUGAAACAAACUUGGGCAAGUUUGUGUAAUGCAUUUCUAGUGGAAGCAAAAUAUUUUGCCUCAGAUAAAUUGCCAAAUGCAAAUGAGUAUUUAGCCAAUGGAAAGGUGAGCUCAGGGGUGCAUGUGGUGCUAGUCCACUUAUUCUUUCUUUUAGGUCACAAUGCAACCAAUUUGGAUGACAUAUCCAAUCUCAUUUCAUCCGUUGCUGCAAUUCUUCGCCUUUGGGACGACAUGGGGACUGCCCAGGAUGAGCAUCAAAAUGGUGCUGAUGGAUCAUAUAUACAAUGCUAUAUGAAUGAUCAACCGGGCAUAUCAUAUCAGCAAACACGAGAGCACGUUGCACAUGUGAUAGAAAGAGAAUGGAAACGGCUCAACAAGGAGUGCUUCAAUCUGAACAAUCACUCAACAGGGCCCUUUCAAGAAGCUGCUCUUAAUCUUGCAAGAAUGGUGCCUCUCAUGUAUAGCUAUGAUGACAAUCAACAGCUUCCAGUGCUUGCAGAAUACAUAAAUCUCAUGUUGCUAAGUCCAGCUUCAUUGGAGCCUGACAGACAAAAUAAGAUCAACUCAUUUGAGUUCUCUGUUUAGUAUACUUCUCAUUAUCUAUGACGUCUACAAUAUGGCUUGCUUACGGUGGAUAUCAAGGCACCAAGAGACGAGAAAGGGGCAUAGUAAUCAACGAAUUGCUUGAGUCUUCAAAUAAUUCACAUCACUUUUGCUACAACUGUAACACCAGACUCUCCAUUGUAAAUCAUGCUUUAUGUAUAAAGCAUGAUCAAACAUAUAUAAAAAAAGAAAGCAUACAAGUAUA